AUCAACCGCCUCCUGCAGCACUACCUGGCCCUGCUGAACGAGUACACCGACCUGCGCAGCACGCUCAACACGGUCCAGACACGUCUUUUUCAGAGCCUGGCGCGCGCCAACUUUGCCGCGGAGCGCGGGGUGCGCUACUACGGCCAAGACUACUACGACGAGCGGAUGCAGGCCAGCAGGCGGCCAGAGUCCGGAACUUCGUCGAGAAUCGACGAAGAAAACCAAGGAACAGGGGAGCAAGAAGAAGGAGGACCUGCUAGCGUGGAGGCAAAAGACGUCUCCAAGUCAGAGAGGAGGCCGGAGUCUACGGGGUAUGAUGACAGGGGAAACGAGAAGAAGCGCCUGCCCCUACCAAACAACCUCCCCACAGAAGACACCAAGCCCAACCACAGCAGCAGCAGCAGCAGCAGCCGCCAGAAAGCCGCCGACCCGCUCCACUGGUUUGGCAUCCUCACGCCUCCCCCCCUCCGCCAAGCCCAAGGCCACGCGAUCAAAGCCGUUGAAGACAUUAUCCCCCGGCUGGCGACGCUCAGCGCCGAGAUGGCGCGGGUAGAGCUGGAGGUGCGGAGGGCGAGGAAGCGACGAGCCAAG